AUGGAACAGAAGGCUGAACACAAUCAGCCAGAACUAGGUCAGAACCAACACCCUGUUAACGCCUUGAAUGACAUGGGAGCACUACAGAGAAUAAUCAGAGAGAUGAUGGAGCUUGAAGCCAGAAGAGGAGAGAGGCCCACUUACAGAAAGCCAUAUCCAGCUUAUAUUGAUCAAAUACCUUUAUCCCCAAGCUUUAAGGUACCAAACUUCACCUUGUUCAACGGAGAGGACACCCAUGCUUCAUCAGUUGAGCAUAUAGGCAGAUUCUUUGUCCAGUGCAUAGCCAUAGAAAAUAAUCCUCUGCUAAAACUCAGGCUUUUUGGAAAUUCUCUCUCUGGACAAGCCUUUACCUAG